GCAGACAUCUGACAUUCCGCAGAUCGAAGCUCGUUGUGAGAACGCGUGGUGUAGGAAAUACCUUUCUUGUAAAUUGUUGAUGGACGCCAUUUUGUCAAUUUGUGUUAACAAUGACGACUGUGAAGGAGACUGAAUCUGACGCUCAAGUGACAUUCGAAGACCAACAAAAAAUUAACAAAUUCGCCCGUCACAAUGCAAGGCUUCAAGACAUUAAGGACGAACUUGCUGAAAAAAGAAAGGAAGUGCAAAAUUUAGAAGACGCUGCUGACGAAUUAUUAAUGGUGGACGAUUCUGAUUUUGUGCCAUAUCAAAUCGGUGAAGUGUUUGUUAGUUCUUCGGUGACAGACGCUACAAGCCUUCUAGAGAGAGGCAAAGAAAGGGCGUUAGAUGAAAUAAAAGAACUAGAAGAACGUGGUGGAUCUCAUAAACAAAUCUUGUCUGAUCUCAAAGUUCAACUUUACGCCAAGUUUGGUAACAAUAUAAAUCUAGAGGCUGAAGAUGACUCUUAGUCUUAGUGAAGUCUUUUUUUUUAAGAGACAAUCGACAAACUCAUCAAGGCUAAGCCAUUUUCAUUAAUUUAUUUCAUUUCGAAGUGCUAUUUUGUAAACAUAUUCAUAUAAAAAGAUCAUUUUUGUACUCUUUCUGUGUUUUAUGAUUAAUAUAUCAAUUAUCAUUUUAGGUUUUCUUUACUUUUGCUGUUAGUGUUAUCUUCCAAUUCAAUUGUAAUUCCCAAUUCCAUUUUAAACCAAGUUGUUGAUUUCAGAUUAUAUUCAGGAAUAUAACAUUUUAAAAGAGAUAGUGGUUAUGAAUGGGUUAUAGAAUACAUUUUUGAAUUGGUACAUAUGAUGGCAAAAAUAAAGUUGAUCAACUAAAAAUGAAUGUAUGGGUGAUCCAGAGAGAAUUUCCCUGACGUCCAAGAUAACUGGAUAUCCAUAGUCAUGGAAGUGUAACAAUGAAGUGAUUUAGAAAUAUGGUUUUUUAAGUUUAAAUAAAAUGAAAAUCAUG